GGGGAUGAGAUAGACAAAAGAUUCCCGAACCCGUCUCGAAAUGUUGGGUUGUGCUGUUUUGGUAUGAUUUUUGCUGUUUCCACAAGCGAUCACUCCCACUACAGAGCCCAGAGAGCGAUAGCGGAAAAAGACGCAGCAGCAACAACAGAGUAAAAGCUAAAGCAAUCGCAAUCCAUUUAUAGUCUCAGGAUUGUGUCUGUUUAGGGUUUCCGUUGUGGGGUUUCAGUAGAUCUGGCUGUGCUUUCGCCCUAGUCCCCCAACCAGGGCAUUGAGUUCAGUUGCUUAGCUUGCUGGCCCAAAGGCGAGUACACACCUCUAUCCACCUCUUCAAGUGCAGCUUAGUCUAUGGAAAAUUUGUCACCUAGUGGGCAUCGGUUUCGAAGAAUACCUCGUCAGUCCAUUGCUGCUAAUCUGAAGUUGGACCCACUGCUUGAUGAAAAUUUGGAGCAGUGGCCGCAUCUGAAUGAACUUGUUCAAUGCUACAGAACUGAUUGGGUAAAGGAUGAAAACAAAUAUGGUCAUUAUGAAAGCAUCAGUCCAGUUUUGUUUCAAAAUCAGAUAUUUGAAGGGCCUGAUACUGAUAUUGAAACAGAAAUGCAGCUUGCCAGUGCAAGGCAAAUCAAGGCUGAAGAUACUACUGAUGAUGAUAUUCCCAGCACCUCAGGAAGGCAAUUUUCAGAUGCUACUUUCUGUGAUUCAUCACAGUCAAAAGUUUUAAAGCAUUUUGGUCAAUCUCCUCUUCCUGCUUAUGAACCAGCUUUUGACUGGGAAAAUGAAAGGUCAAUGAUAUUUGGUCAAAGGACUCCAGAAACUCCAACAACACAGUAUGGCAGUGGAUUGAAGAUCUCUGUGAAAGUCCUAUCCUUGUCGUUUCAAGCGGGGCUAGUUGAGCCAUUUUAUGGCACGAUUUGCUUGUAUAAUCGGGAAAGAAGAGAUAAAUUGUCAGAGGAUUUCUUUUUUCGCAUAUUGCCAACUGAAAUGCAGGAUGCUUGCAUUACUUAUGAACCUCGUGGCAUCUUCUAUUUAGAUGUGCCCUCAGCAUCAGUUUGUCUGCUGAUCCAGUUAGAGAAGCCUGCCACAGAAGAAGGCGGGGUUACUUCUUCAGUUUAUUCGCGUAAAGAACCAGUGCAUCUGACUGAGAGAGAAAGGCAGAAACUUCAGGUGUGGUCUCGAAUCAUGCCUUACAGGGAGUCCUUUGCUUGGGCAAUCGUUCCAUUAUUUGAUAACAGCAUGAGUGCUGCUUCUGGUGGGUCUACUUCCCCCAGUAGUCCUCUUGCUCCUAGUGUAUCGGGGUCAAGUUCCCAUGAGGGUGUUUCAGAGCCCACUGCAAAGAUCACAUUGGAUGGGAAACUGGGUUAUUCAAGCAGAAGUUCUGUCAUAGUUGAAAUUUCAAACUUAAAUAAAGUUAAAGAAAGCUACACUGAGGACUCACUUCAGGAUCCUAAGCGCAAGGUUCAUAAACCUGUGAAAGGCAUUUUAAGGUUGGAAAUUGAAAAGCUCCAGGCUGGCCAUGCUGAUUUGGAAAAUAUUUCAGAAAGUGGGAGUGUGACCAAUGAUUCCAUUGACCCUGGGGACCGAAUUGCUGAUUCCACUUUCACAAAAUGCCCCAGCAAUGGUUCUGAUGGGCCUCAGAAUAGCAAUUCCAAGUGGAAUUUCUUUGAUGGAAAAGAAAUUCCAAGAAAUGGAUCAAAUGCAUUUGGAUAUUCAGAUUUUAAUGCUGAUGAUUUCCAAGCUUUUGACUUCCGCAGUACAACAAGAAAUGAACCUUUCUUGCAGCUUUUUCAUUGUCUUUAUGUAUAUCCUUUGACUGUUAGUUUAAGUCGGAAAAGGAAUUUGUUCAUACGGAUUGAACUCAGAAAGGAUGAUGCAGAUGCUCGCAGGCAGCCUUUAGAGGCAAUGUGUAUGAGGGAGCCAGGUGUCUCACUUCAGAAAUGGGCUCACACACAAGUUGCUGUUGGGGCUAGGGUGGCUUGCUACCAUGAUGAGAUCAAACUUUUCCUUCCUGCUAUUUGGACACCAAUGCAUCACCUUUUAUUCACUUUCUUUCAUGUUGACCUGCAAACAAAACUUGAAGCUCCAAAGCCAGUGGUUGUAGGAUAUGCUUCACUUCCACUAUCUACACAUGCUCAGUUGCGAUCUGAAAUUUCUUUACCAAUUAUGAGAGAGCUGGUUCCGCAUUAUCUUCAAGACUCUGGCAAGGAGAGGCUGGAUUAUUUGGAAGAUGGGAAAAAUAUUUUUAGAUUGCGGUUAAGACUAUGUUCAUCCUUAUACCCUAUUAAUGAGCGCAUUAGAGAUUUUUUUCUUGAAUAUGAUAGGCAUACUCUUCGAACAAGCCCUCCCUGGGGUUCUGAACUACUUGAGGCCAUUAAUAGUUUGAAGAAUGUUGAUUCCACUGCUUUGCUUCAGUUUCUUCAUCCAAUUUUGAAUAUGCUUCUCCAUCUUAUAGGCAAUGGUGGUGAAACUCUCCAGGUUGCUGCCUUCAGAGCCAUGGUUAAUAUUUUAACCCGGGUGCAACAUGAGUCGGUUGAUGAUGCUGAAAGAAAUCGUUUUCUGGUUAACUAUGUUGAUUAUGCUUUUGAUGACUUUGGGGGUCGUCAGCCACCGGUUUAUCCUGGUUUGUCCACUGUGUGGGGAAGCUUAGCUCGCAGUAAGGCUAAAGGCUACCGUGUAGGGCCUGUGUAUGAUGAUGUCUUGGCAAUGGCUUGGUUUUUCCUCGAGCUAAUUGUCAAGUCAAUGGCAUUAGAGCAGACUCGUCUUUUCUAUCAUAGCCUUCCCUUAGGUGAAGAUGUUCCACCAAUGCAAUUGAAAGAGGGUGUAUUCAGAUGUAUAUUGCAGUUAUAUGAUUGCCUUCUAACUGAAGUUCAUGAGCGAUGCAAAAAGGGCUUAAGCUUGGCCAAACGUUUGAACAGCAGUUUGGCCUUCUUUUGUUAUGAUCUUUUAUCUAUUAUUGAGCCUCGCCAAGUUUUUGAAUUGGUGUCUUUGUACUUGGACAAGUUUUCUGGGGUAUGUCAGUCAGUUCUGCAUGACUGCAAGCUUACAUUUUUGCAGAUCAUAUGUGACCAUGAUCUUUUUGUGGAAAUGCCGGGCAGAGAUCCUUCAGAUAGGAACUACCUUUCAUCUGUCUUGAUACAGGAGCUUUUCCUUACGUGGGAUCAUGAUGAUUUGUCUCAGCGAGCAAAAGCAGCUAGAAUCUUGGUAGUCCUCCUGUGCAAGCAUGAGUUUGAUUCUCGAUACCAGAAGCAUGAGGAUAAAUUAUAUAUUGCCCAGUUAUAUUUUCCACUUAUUGGCCAGAUUCUAGAUGAGAUGCCUGUCUUUUACAACCUAAAUGCUGUUGAAAAGCGUGAAGUAGUAAUAGUUAUUCUGCAAAUUGUGCGCAAUCUGGAUGAUGCAUCACUUGUCAAGGCUUGGCAGCAAAGCAUUGCUCGAACAAGAUUAUUUUUCAAACUCUUGGAGGAAUGCCUAAUUCUUUUUGAGCACAGAAAACCUGCAGAUAGCAUGCUUAUUGGCUGUAGUUCUCGCAGCCCUUCUGGGGAUGGACCUGUGUCCCCGAAGUACUCAGAUAGACUCUCGCCUGCUAUUAACAACUAUCUAUCUGAGGCAUCACGACAAGAAGUCAGACCUCAGGGAACACCUGAGAAUGGUUAUUUGUGGCAGAGAGUCAAUUCUCAUUUAAGCUCUCCCAGCCAGCCAUAUUCCUUAAGAGAAGCUCUUGCACAGGCACAAUCUUCUAGAAUUGGUGCUUCAACCCAAGCGCUAAGAGAAUCCUUGCACCCAAUGUUAAGGCAAAAACUGGAACUUUGGGAAGAGAACUUGAGUGCUGCUGUCAGUCUUCAGGUUUUGGAAAUAACUGAGAAAUUUUCCACAACUGCAGCAUCCCACAGCAUUGCGACUGACUUUGGAAAACUUGAUUGCAUCACAUCCGUAUUUAUGAGCUUCUUCUCGCGUAAUCAACCUCUCAUUUUUUGGAAAGCUUUAUUUCCUGUGUUCAACAGUGUCUUCAAUCUUCAUGGAGCAACACUGAUGUCAAGGGAGAAUGAUCGUUUCUUAAAACAAGUCGCCUUCCAUAUUCUUCGCCUUGCAGUUUUUCGAAAUGAUAACAUCAGGAAAAGAGCUGUUAUUGGGCUCCUGAUACUCGUCAGGAGCUCCUUCUAUUACUUUAUGCAGACAGCGAGGUUAAGAGUCAUGUUGACAAUUACGUUGUCAGAGUUGAUGUCUGAUGUGCAAGUGACUCAGAUGAAAUCUGAUGGGACACUGGAAGAGAGUGGUGAAGCACGGCGUCUGCGAAGAUCAUUGGAAGAAAUGGCAGAUGAAGCUAGGAGUCCCAACCUAUUAAGGGAGUGUGGGCUACCUGAGAAUGCCCUUGUUGUAAUUCCAGAAAAAUUGUCAGAGAACCAGUGGUCCUGGUCUGAGGUGAAAUACCUCUCUGACAGUCUUCUUUUGGCCCUUGAUGCUAGCCUUGAACAUGCACUGUUGGCUUCUGUCAUGACUAUGGAUAGAUAUUCAGCAGCAGAGAGCUUCCACAAACUUGCAUUGGCAUUUGCCCCUGUCCCAGAUCUUCACAUAAUGUGGUUACUGCAUUUAUGUGAUGCACAUCAAGAGAUGCAAUCUUGGGCUGAGGCUGCACAGUGUGCAGUUGCUGUUGCUGGUGUUGUGAUGCAGGCUCUUGUGGGUAGAAAUGAUGGUGUCUGGAGCAGAGAUCACGUGACUGCUUUACGUAAAAUAUGCCCCAUGGUCAGCAGGGAGAUUACUUCUGAGGCAUCUGCAGCAGAAGUAGAGGGAUAUGGUGCUUCAAAACUCACUGUGGACUCUGCCGUGAAAUACCUACAGCUUGCAAAUAAGCUUUUCUCUCAAGCUGAGCUUCAUCAUUUCUGUGCCAGCAUUCUGGAACUUGUAAUUCCAGUUUAUAAAAGCAGGAGGGCAUAUGGACAGCUGGCCAAAUGCCACACUUUGCUAACUAACAUUUAUGAAUCAAUCCUUGAGCAGGAAUCAAGCCCAAUACCAUUCACUGAUGCCACCUACUAUAGGGUGGGAUUCUAUGGUGAAAAAUUUGGGAAGCUGGAUAAAAAGGAAUAUGUAUACCGAGAGCCUCGUGAUGUACGGCUGGGUGACAUUAUGGAGAAACUUAGUCAUAUAUACGAGUCUAGGAUGGAUGGUAAUCACACUCUCCACAUCAUUCCUGACUCUAGACAAGUCAAAGCAGAUGACUUGCAGGCUGGAGUCUGCUAUCUGCAAAUAACUGCUGUUGAUCCAGUCAUGGAAGAUGAGGAUCUGGGAAGCAGAAGGGAGAGAAUUUUUUCUCUUUCCACUGGAACCAUUCGUGCACGUGUAUUUGAUCGUUUCUUGUUUGAUACUCCAUUUACGAAAAAUGGCAAGACCCAAGGGGGUUUGGAAGACCAAUGGAAACGGCGAACAGUUCUUCAGACUGAGGGCUCAUUCCCAGCCCUAGUGAAUAGGCUCUUGGUGAUUAAAUCUGAAUCUCUAGAAUUCUCCCCUGUUGAGAAUGCAAUUGGAAUGAUUGAAACUCGGACAGCUGCAUUACGCAAUGAGCUUGAAGAGCCUCGCAGCUCUGAAGGGGAUCAACUCCCACGCCUCCAAAGUCUACAGAGAAUACUCCAAGGCAGUGUUGCAGUUCAAGUGAACAGUGGAGUGCUGAGUGUGUGCACGGCCUUUCUUUCGGGUGAGCCUGCAACAAGGCUGCGUUCCCAGGAGCUUCAGCAACUCAUUGCUGCUCUCCUUGAAUUCAUGGCUGUAUGCAAACGUGCCAUUCGGGUACACUUCAGGUUGAUUGGAGAGGAAGACCAGGAUUUCCACACACAACUUGUGAAUGGGUUUCAGUCUCUCACUGCGGAGCUAUCCCACUACAUUCCUGCCAUCCUCUCAGAACUCUGAUUAUGUUGUAGCAUUUGCUUGUUCCUGUAUUGCUGCUGCAAUGUGUUCAUAUCAUUUGUGCUUUGUCUGUUAGGCUUCCUUUUUUCUCUUUUUCCUUUUGUUUUUGGAAUGUGCACAUUUGGCCAUUUAUUUGACUAGUGUUUUUCAUGUUAUAUUGUUGCCUAUAAUGCAACCUUCGCCUGCUUUUGUAAGUUGUAAGUUAUGCACGGUAACUCUUAUCCAUAUUUUUAGAGAGGCCGUUUGCCAGUGACUUUCCAGAGCGUUAGAAUUGUUUUCUUAAAAAAA